GGAGGGACAAGAGGGGGAGGAGCAGCAAGAGAGGGGGAGAGAGAGAGGGGUUUGGACUACUCGCCGGCUUCUGGGUAGGCCGCCAUGUGGGCUUCAGCCAGCUGGGUGGCGUCAUCCACCGACGUGGGACGAUGGCACUGGACCCAUUCUGCGGUUCUUCAUGGCAGGCGAAACAGUCAGCUGCUCCAGCACCAUCAGUUCCAUGAUGUCCUCCAUGCCAUGCCCUUCCUCGGCUAGCACCCAUUUUCGGCAGACAUCGCGGAGCUGCUGGGCAAACACGAACGGGUGACCGGUGUCGCUCAGGGUGAGGGAGCGGAACCGCUGGCGGUGUUGUUCUGGAGUGUAGCUUCAUGUAGUCCAGGUGGUCCUCGCUGGUAGUUGCUGUGCCACGAGCUGGGCCUCCCCGGAAAGCAGCGGCAGCAUGUGGAGGGCCCAAUGGGUUCGUGGCCAGUUGGAAGCAGUUGCUGACUGCUCAAAGAGACUCACAAACGCCUCCGGAUUGUAUUGGGGUCCUAUCUUCGUGAGCAGCAGGUGUGGCUUCAUCGCUGCUUCCGGGGCCGUGGCGGAGGACCCGCCUGGAGCUAUCCAGCUCCGUAAGGCCUGCCGAUCCUCAGCUUGGGCUUAGAGGAGCUCCUAGAAAUGCCGCUCCUAGGUGAGGAGGGCCUGGUGGUGCAUCUCCUGGAUGCUAGCCAGGGCACAGAUGACUUUGCCCAGCGGUGAGGUGUCCAUGGUGGCCAGUCUUCUUUUCUUUUCCCAGGUUUCGGCACCAGUGUAGCGGGGUUCCAAAAGAAGGAAGCGGGAGCCGGGGUUGCAGUCCAGAGGAUCUCUAGGACAUCCAGUGACCACACUCCUGUCAUUGCCAUGUCUCAGUUUGAAGGGGCUUACAGAGCGGAUGUUCAUUAACGCCUAUUGCUGGCUGUGCCCAAAUGCCAGGGGUGCCAUACAUGGCUGACCUACUUUACAAUUGCCCUGUCCACAUGCAUGCUGACUGCAGUGCUGCCAGACCUGGGCUCCCCAGUGGAACUUAUUAGCUGCUGCAUAACUACAAGGGGGACCACUCAUUUAAGAAAUCCUGAAGAAGGAAAGUCACUUAUUUUGUGUGGAAGAUGUGUGAGGUGCAGUGAUUCAGCCCCUGUAAGGUAGCGAAGGGGCAUGGCGGGUUGUCCACGCCUGAGCUUACCGGGGCUGCUUCUGCUCCAAAUCACUGCAUUCAUAACACAUGGCCAAAACUGCCCACAGCGCUGUGACUGUAUCCCUCAGCAGAGAACUGUGUUGUGUCAGAACAAGCACCUGAAUUCUAUUCCUGGGGGCAUCCCUACUGACACACGGACACUGGACCUGAGUGGCAACAGUUUACGCUGGGUGGAAUACAAUGACCUGGCAACCUUCUCAAGACUGGAAGAGCUAGACCUGAGUGAGAACCUCAUCAGUGUGCUGGAACCCAAUGCCUUUUCCAGCUUACUAAAACUCAGAGUGUUGCGUCUACGAGCCAACCAGCUUAAACUCGUGCCUAUGGGUGCCUUUUCUCAUCUCACAAACCUCACCACUCUGGACUUGAGUGGGAAUAAACUGGUCAUCCUCUUAGACUUCACCUUCCAGGACUUGCGGAACCUCCGCAAUUUGGAGGUCGGUGAUAAUGACCUGGUGUACAUUUCAAACAAAGCGUUCCUGGGUUUGGUGGGCCUUCAAGAACUCACCAUUGAAAGGUGCAAUCUGACUUCUAUAUCUGGACAAUCUCUUUCUUAUCUUCGCGGCUUGGUGACUCUUCGAUUACGCUACCUCAGUAUUGCUUCAUUGGAAGAGCAGAACUUUCGAAAACUUGGAGGGCUCCGAGGUCUUGAGAUUGACCAUUGGCCCUUCCUUAAGUACAUCUCUCCACACAGCUUCCAGGGUCUCAACCUUUCUUGGCUCUCGAUUACCAACACCAACAUUUCCACCGUGCCUACGGGUGCUCUUCGUAACCUUGUUCACUUGGCCAGCCUCAACCUUUCUUACAACCCCAUCUCUGUUCUAGAGUCCUGGGCUUUGCGGGACCUUGUCCGCUUGAAGGAAUUGCACCUAGUUGGAACAAACCUGAUAUCAGUGCAGCCCUAUGGCCUUGGAGGUUUGCAGCAGAUACGAUUGCUCAACUUAUCAAACAAUGGAUUAGUAGCUCUGGAAGAGGGCUCUUUCCACUCAAUUAACACAUUGGAGACAUUGCGAGUAGAUGGUAACCCUUUGUCUUGCGACUGCCGCCUACUGUGGAUACUGCAACGCCGCAAGACCCUCAACUUCGACGGAAAGUCACCCGUUUGCAACACACCUGUGGAAGUACGAGGGAAAGCUCUUAGUACCUUUUCGGACUCAGCACUUUUUGACCAUUUUACAUGUCAGCGGCCAAAAAUCCGCAACCGCAAAUUACAACAGCUGACAGCACGUGAAGGCCAAGUAGUGUCAUUUGUAUGUAGAGCAUACGGAGACCCAACUCCAGUUAUCUUUUGGAUUUCACCUCAGAGGCGUCGUAUCACCACCAAGAGCACUGGCCGUGUCAUUGUUCUGCCUGAAGGUACACUAGAGAUCCGUUACGCCCAGGUGACAGACAGUGGUACCUACAUAUGCAUAGCAAGCAAUGCUGGCGGCAAUGAUACCUACUUCGCCACACUAACAGUGAGUGGAUUGCCACUAGAUGGUGCUUUUGCGACAAAUCGCACCUACUACGUGAGCGAUCUCAAUGACACAAACUUAAACGACACCCGUGUCUUCCUAAAGUUCACGCUGGACCUCAAAACUAUCCUGGUGUCCACAGCAAUGGGUUGCAUCACUUUUUUGGGUGUGGUGCUUUUCUGUUUCAUUCUUUUGUUUGUGUGGAGCCGAGGACGAGGUCAGCACAAGAACAAUUUCUCAGUAGAGUAUUCCUUCAGAAAGGUUGAUGGUCCUGCUGCCAGUGGUGGGCAAGGGGGUGCUCGAAAGUUUAACAUGAAGAUGAUAUAAAAGGGACGUAUGGACACGCCAACAAGUUCAAUAGAUAAAACACACAUUUUUCUUAUUUCAGACUGAAAUACAUUUCUAUUACCAGUCCUGUAUCCUGCUACGGUUCACUCUUUUAAAUUUUGAGAUGCAGAGGAUUUUAAUGGGCUCAAAGAAUAAUGCAGUUACUGAGAGGUACGUUCAGUCAGCUUAAUAUUAAACUAUAUAUUUGUUGGCUUGUGGAAUUUUACACAAUAAUUAAGAUUUCAGACUGCUGUAUGGGGCAGGCUGGCAUAUGGUACCUACAGUAUUUGAAAAUUCUCAUGAUUGUACAGCGGGAAGGCUAAGCUUGUAAUGAUGUGUAAUAACAAUUUAAAAUUUUAAAAUGUAAUUUCCACAGAAUAUGUCUGCAUCCUGAAAAGAAGAAAGAUUGAAUGAAUUCUUCUAUAUUUUGGGGGUUAUUGCUGGAAAAUUCCAUAAUAAUUUAUAAUAUAAUUAUCAAGGGGUGCUUUCUGCAUGCCAAGUAAUUGCCAAAUGUCCUCCAAAGUUAAACUUUUCAAACAAAGCCAAUUCAAACUUGUAUGCCCAUGAGUUUGUAGGUGAUAAAGCCCACAGUUCACACUGCCAAUCUUAAAAUACAAGGAUUUGUGGCAGACACGCCUCUUGUUCGUCAGAAAGGACGUGUGUCUCUUUCUCUCUCUCUCUCUCUCUCUCUCUCUCUCUCUCUCUCUGGCGUCUCUGGCUCCUCCUUAUCUCUCUCUCCCGCUGACUGGAACAACUCAGCGUCAGGCGUGCAUUCUCAUAGCCCGGCCACGCCCUCCUCCUCGUCACAUACCCCCAACGGCCGAUUCAGGCCGGGGAACCAACCGGCCUGACCUACCCCCCCAACCCGGAGUGGAGGAGAUGCUCCUUCGGCUGUUACGCUGCCGGCUGGUCUUCCCUGCCUCCUGGGAACCUGAGUAGGACGAGGGGAGGGAGAGGGGAGAGAGAAAAACACUCCAGUUCCCCACCAUGCUGCCAUUUGGUCCUCAGCCAGCUGUGCGGCGAUCCUUCGUGAUGCCAGGCGAUGUACUUCGUCUCCUGGCGGACGUCAGCAGCUCCUCCGCCUCCUGGUGUGCGUGUCUCUCUCUCUCUUGCAUCUCCGGCUCCUCCUUAUUUCUCUCUCCCACUGAUAGGGGCAACUCAGCGCCUGGUGUGCAUCCUCACGGCCCGCCCUCCUCCCCAUCACAGAUUUGUUUUUAGAUAAGCCCCAAAUUUGGUCAGCCACUAGACAGAGAACAUGAGUUACAAGACUGUUUAAUUGUAUCUUGAAAAGUGAGUUGACUUCAGUUCUCAUUUCAAUGGUUCAUGAUAAUUACACCAGGUAUAGAGUGCUUUUGUAUUACACUGCCACCUACUUCUGCAUCAUGCCCAUUUAUCCAUAAACAUGAACAUGUUGACAACAGAUAAAGCACAUUGUCUUCAUAGCAUAAUAUAUUUACAAUUCAGAGGAAACAUUUAUAAAUAAAAUACCAAUACUAGCAUCAGUAUCCAGAAUAUGUCAAGACAUUGUAUUAAUAUGAGAUAUUUGUAUCUUACUUGUAUAUAUUGCUGUUUUGUGUGUACAUUUUGGUGCCCUGUCUUCAUUAAUGUUAAACAACAUUAUUAAUGUGAAUAACUGAUCACAUUAAUUAAAUAUAAGCAAAGAUAAUAUGCAAAAACUCUGUUUUUCUGUAAAAAAAAAAUUAAAAAAUUGUUUGAGGAUUUAAUUACUGGUGAUCAUACUGUAUGUCUUUAUGCCUGUACUGUGAAAAAUGUGUUAGACUGUUCUGAAUCAAACAGAUAAAAAUGGAAAUGUCACCAUUUCAUACUAUAGUUUAAUUUGCAUGAGGUUAAAUGUUGUUAAAUGCCCGAUGGGAAAACUGGGAAUCAAAUUACUAUGAAAGAAACAUUCUGAAAGUGUUUAAUACUUUGAUCCAUAAUGGAAUUGUUUUCUUGUAUUCUUUGUUUAUAAAGAGAAUUCAGCACCAGGCAAAGAACAUUCUGAAUUCUCCUCUAUUUGAAAAAAGUGCUGCGGUCUGGGACAGGAAGGCACCACUUGAUUAAGCUAUUCUGCUGCCCCCUACUGUUUUAAAUAUAACAGCUUAAAGAAAACAGGGUAUCAUUCUCGGAUAUAGAAGCCAAUAUUGCCUUUUACCUGUCAGUCUGUGUAAAACACAAAUCUUAUAUUAACUAUAAUUAUUAUACUAUUAUUAAUAUAUAUAAAUAAUUAUUAUACUUUGAAUUUUAUGGUGCAUUUUACGGUCUUCUUUAAGCAGCAUUAUAAGUACAUUUCAAACUGCCAUAAUUUGUCAACAACUAAAACUAUUUAAAGAAGCUUUUUGAUAUUUUUUUAAAAAUGUCAUUUUAUUUAAUGUAAAUUAAAUAA